AUGGCCAAUAGGAGGCGUCUUACUAUAUCUGGUGAUCACAAACCAGAGGAAAAGACAUGCUGGUCUACUCCCACCGUCUAUCAUGCAGCAAUUGUGAUAUUUUUAGAGUUUUUCGCUUUUGGGUUAUUGACCACCCCAAUGAUCUCGGUGUUGGAUGAAACAUUUCCGAAACAUACGUUUCUAAUGAAUGGGAUCAUUCAUGGAGUGAAGGGUUUCUUAUCGUUCUUCAGUGCACCGUUUUUGGGUGCUCUGUCUGAUAUGUUUGGGCGAAAGCCAUUCUUGCUCCUCACAGUCACCUUUACCUGCUCUCCUAUUCCGCUGAUGAAAAUCAGUCACUGGUGGUACUUCACUAUGAUCAGUAUAUCGGGUAUUUUUGCAGUGACGUUUUCAUUUGCUUUGGCCUAUGUCGCUGAUAUAACCACCGAAGAAGACAGAAGUUGGGGGUAUGGCUUGGUUUCAGCUACAUUCGCAGCUAGUCUUGUCAGUUCGCCUGCAAUCGGAGCUUAUCUAGGUCGAGUGUAUAGUGAAGAACUUGUUGUAGCAUUGGCUACAGCUAUUGCAUUUCUAGAUAUUUGUUUUAUUCUUGCCUGUGUACCUGAAUCCCUCCCUGAAAAAGUACGUAUUGGUCAUUUGUGCUCUGUAUCUACACUGGGUGGACCGACCAGUAAAUUCUCAUGGGGCAAAGCUGACCCUUUUGCAACAUUACGUCAAAUGACUAAUGAUCAUCUCGUCCUUAUGAUAUGCAUUACAACGUUUUUAUCUUAUCUACCCGAAGCUGGACAGUAUUCAUGUUUCUUUGUUUAUCUACGCUUGGUGAUGGGAUUUUCUGAAGAAAAUGUAGCACUUUUCAUUGCUGUUGUUGGCAUCAUGUCAUGUAUUGCACAAACAAUUAUCUUAUCGCUAUUGUAUCGUGUAAUGCGACCGAAACGAGUGAUUAUUUUUGGUUUAAUCUUUGAAGCAAUUCAGUUAACUUUAUAUGGUUUUACUACAAAUCCAGUAUUAUUAUGUGCAUUCAUAUCGAAUCAUGCAGCAGCUGAUCAACAAGGUGUAGCUCAAGGUCUUGUCACAGGAAUUCGAGGUUUAUGUGGUGGCCUGGGACCAGCCUUGUUCGGUUUAUUCUUUUAUAUUUUCAAAGUUGAUCUCAAUGAGCAUACAUCAAGUACGCAAAUCAAUAAUAAAGAUCCAAGCAAAUCUCUUGUGUUACCCAGUAGUGUACAAACUUUACAAGAACUAUUAAUGCCUGGACCACCAUUUGCAUUUGGUGCUGCACUUGUCCUGUUAGCAAUUUUAGUAUCAAUGUUUAUACCUGAAAAUUCAUUACCUAGUCAAUCAUCUCAUUCAGAAGUUAUCAGUGAACCAUCACAUGAUUCAACAGUUGGUGGUAUAUUUGGUGACACUAGACUUAGACGUAGUUCACCAUCAGGUCAAUCGAAUCGAGCUGUUUCCAAUUUUCAACUAUUAACACCUGGAAUUGAUGAUAAUGAUAGUUCAAAAUUGAUGAGUUCUGUUGAAAUGUAUAAAUAUAGUGGAAAAGGUGAAUUUCUACACGGAAAUAAUUUUGAAAGUGAUGGUGUUAGUGGUAUUUGGGAUCGUUUGAUGACUAGUCUUUCAGAUUUUCGUAAUCCUGUAUAUGUUAAACAAAACCAAGUCGUGUUUAUCGUCAAUCGAAAAUUAUUUAUCAGACGAACACCAUAUGCACUAGGCAGUGGAGGUAUCGGUGGUGGUGUUGGUGGACUUGUUGAUCAUGAAUCACGUCUUCAUUAUUCUAAACUACCUUUUACUGUUAUUCCAUCUAAUACUUUAAAUGAUAUGUCAAAUAAUGAGUUAUUAUUUGCAAAUCCCUUAUUAUUAAAUCGUUGUGAAUCUGAGGAGGCAGCCGAUUUAAGUAAUUAUCGUGCACAUCAUUUUCGACGUAUAUUUACUGCUUCUACUACUGCCAAUAGUGAUGUUAGUGGAGUUAUAAAUCCAUCUGAAGAAUAUUCUCCUGUAUUCAUUCCUGGAUAUGAUGAAGAUGUUAUAAAUUCAGAGGAGAAACAUAAACUAUUGAAAAGCACCAGUAUAUCUUCAAUUAGUCCAUCAGGAAAAAGUUGUAAACAAAAAUUUUUUAAUACAAAUCAUCUCUAUGAUAAGUCAUCUUUUGUAUCAGAUCGUAAUACAUGAUAUACAAUUAUUAUUAC